UGUAUAAUAUCCGGCAUGGUUCACUGAUAUAUAUAAAUAGUGAAAUGCCGCUGUAUAAGGCAUUCAUUCUUAAGUGUUUAGACCAUUCACAAGUGUAAUAAUAAAAGGAAAAACUAAAAUGAGUACUAGAAGACAAGGAUUAAAGCGAAAAGCAUCUGACGACGUGGUUAUUAAAGCAAAACGAGCGAGGGGGGAAACUGAUUUAGGGAGCGAAUUAAAAUGGUCCCAAGUUGGUGAGUUGAUAAAGGGUAUCAAUCCCCUAAUGCUGCUCGGGUCGACCACCUUACCGGGCUGUCCGAAGGCUGCUGGGUUUGAUAUCGACUUCACUGUUAUAAAGACUGCGAGCGGAAGAAAAUUUGCAUCAGGGGCAAACGAUUGGGAGUGGUGGGAUCCGUGCGUUCCCGAGAAACUGCGAGACCUGCACGAGAGCGGCUACCGGGUGUUAUUCUUCACCAAUCAGGCGGGCAUUGAAAAACUCAAGGUUAAACCGGAGGAACUGAUGCAGAAGAUUAACGCGAUUAUUAAAGAACUCAGUUUUCCCGUCAUGUGUUUCGUGUGUACGGGUGAGAACCAUUAUCGGAAGCCGAGCACUUUGAUGUGGGACCACUGGGAGAGCAGCUUUAACCAGGGGGUCAAGGUGGAUCGCUCCCAAAGCCUGUAUGUUGGAGACGCGGCGGGUCGUGCUAAGGAGUGGGCGCCCGGGAAACCAAAGGACUUCUCUUGCAGCGACCGGAAGUUCGCAGCCAACCUCGGCGUCAAAUUCCAGACACCGGAAGAGUUCUUCCUGAGCGAGAGCCCCGCCAAAUUCAAAUGGGGCUCUCCCAACCCUACCAGCUUCCUGAAAAAGGCGCCCCCUUGCGACAAGGCUGUCUACCAUAGCAAGUCACCGGAAGUGGUCGUUAUAGUGGGAGCGCCCGCUAGCGGCAAGAGCACGUUCCGGAAACGUUACUUGGAGGCGCACGGAUACGUCGCGGUCAACAGGGACACAAUGGGAACCAUCCAAAAAUGUGUCAAGGUUGCUAAGGAAACAUUGAUGCAAGGUAAAAGCGUCGUGGUCGACAACACCAACCCUAGUGUGUCAGCAAGAAAAGAAUUUGUGGACAUAGCCAAAACAGCGGGUGUCCCAUGUCGCUGUUUCGUGAUGAACACGCCUAUCGAUCUUGCCCACCACCUCAAUUAUGUGCGACAAACACAAACCAGCGGCACGGUGCGACGGAUACCGGACGUGGGUUACAACGUGUACAAAAAGAACUAUGAGGCCCCGUCGAAAUCCGAAGGGUUCUCGGAAAUUCUUCAGAUCGAUUUCUGUCCAAAUUUUGACGGCAAACGGGACGAAUCUUUAUUCAAACAGUGGACGUGAAAAUGUAUAGCGGUGUAUCAAAGUUCUUUAUUGUUACUUGAACAACUUGGUCAGUCUUUCCAACUAAGAUCGCCACACAUUUUUAUAUAAUAUUUUCCGAUACGUCUAUAUCAGCUAAUUAUGUUAAAUAAACACUGUUAAUUUGUUUACACUGCAUACAUUAAUCAUGUGACGAUAAAUUAGGCAGUUGUGUAUAGUUAUGUUUAUUUCUAUCGCCAUCCACUGAUCCCUAUUAACACUACUUAUAUGGGUUAUCACUCAUGAAAAAAGUUUAAUCAAACUUUGGCUUGAAAAUGUGUAAAGCUACGUUCUCCAUUAAAAUUAAUUAUCACGCUUUAUGUAUUUUUUCUUAGUUUUAUUGAUAUUAUUUUCAUUUUGAUAUAUUUGUUUUUGAAAGUGUGGAUUUACGCUUACACUGUUUUGGUUAUUUGUUGAAUGUGCGAGUACAUGGUCAUUGUUUACAUUUGCAUUUGUUCGAUUUUUAGAAUAUUCCAAUUGUUGUUUGAUGUAUGUCUUAUUUAAAAUAAAUGUUAUAAUUUACCAAUAUGGUUCCUACCUAAAAUAAGAAGUAUUAAAAAAAAUGUACCACAA